CUUCCGGCUUUCAAACUCUCAGACAAACAGCGCUUUACUACAAACGCAGAGGUGUCGAGCAGCAGCAGCAGCGGGACGCAUGACAACAGGAACAAAAACGUAUCUAACCCCUAAGAGCAAAAACCGUGAGGAGAAGUUCUCCUAAAACAACCAGGGAGAAAACUACACCGGUGGAGAGGAGGAGAGAGACAUUUUGAAUCUUCUUCUGUGGAGGAGGUUUGUUGGUGAAGAAGAAGAAGAAGAAGAAGAAGAAGAAGAAGAAGAAGAAGAAGAAGAAAAGGACCGUUGAGCAACUUCGUGUAUGGAAGAAACACACAAGAGGAGAAGAUAAGGGGUUUAUUUUUUUUUUUUCUGUGAACGAGGGAGUCUGUGCAGGUUUUGUGACCCGAGUAUCAGACGGAGAGGAUUCAUCCUCUCCCCCGAAACAAGUGCUGGUAUCUGGGGCUGUGAGAGGACUCGCACCGAGUGUCCCGGAGGAGGCUCGGAGAGGACGCGGGGCAGCGCAGAGCGCUGGCUACAGAUUUCCCCGCUGCUUAGAGCUGCCGCUGCUGACUGACUGCACAGGAAACACUGAACGCUGUUCUCAACGCCUCCCUGCAGCUUCAGGGGAGAUUGUCAGAUGUGUACCCAGCACUCAGAGCCCCUGGCCUGGCCGCGGGGAUGGCAGCCUCUGCCCUGAACCUGAACGGCCUUGGCGUCAUGAACAACAGUAAUCAGUUUCACACCCAGCCAGGCUCUUCUAGUACCACCUCUGCAACUAGAACCAGUCCAGUCGGUCGACCUGUGCUGCCGGUUCCAGAUCGGAGCACCUACUGUCAGUUCCUGGGUGGGGGAGCACUCAGUGGCGGUCUCUACAGCCCGACCAGCCCUAAGACCAGCCCACGCAGCCUGGGUCGAACCUUUGUCUUCCCCCCUCCAUCCUCGCUCUCCCCUAACUCCGCCCCUCGCGCUCGCUCCCCUUCCCCGCGGAGCCCGGAGCUCCUGGGAGUCAAUGUGGGCCAGCGGGUCCGACGCCUGAGCUCACCCGGCUGCGAGGAGCGAGGAGAAGGAGAGGCGCAGGAGGAGAGGGGAGGAGAGACGGGAGGAGGAGAGAAGCGGGAGGAGAGGAGACGCCAGGCACAGCUGCUGCAGAUCCACAGAGAGCUGCAGAACGUUGAGGUCAGGGGAAAAGUCGGCAUUUUCGAGGCCCACAUUUCAGGAAUUCGUACCCAGGUGCUCAACAGCGAGCUCCAGCGCAGCCCUCGAUCUCCGAGACGGUCGCCUAGCCAAAACCCCUUCGAUCCAAGUCAGCAAAACACGGCUCUUGAAUGCCCAAUGACCCACCCACAAGAGCGUAAAGUUCCCCCAGUUGUCCAGAAUGGAAGAGAAAAGGAGGAGGAAGCGAUGGAUAGCGAUGUGAGAGGAGGAGAAAGGGGUGACAGUGAGAAGGACAGCAGUGCUAUGAAAACAAACACUGAGAACAAGACACUGAUUGGUCAAAAUGGCCGCCAUUCAAAAACAACAACGCAAACUCCCUGUUUAGAUACACUGUUUGUUGUUCAGGGUUCCCCUGAGACUUUAAACCCAGUCGCAGCAUCAAACAGAGAGAUGAAAGUGGCAGACGGACUGAGAGAAAAAGACGGAGAGGAGGUAGAAAACAAACCAAUGUUUGGAGAUGCAAGAGAACGGACAGAGAGAGAAAUGGGAGAUGAGAAACAGGACCGGUUGUGUCUUGGGAUGCAAGAGGAAAACAUGUUGGAGCUUCACCCAGACACCCCUGCUUUUCCUGCACAAAGCCAUGAGAGAGCCCCUUGUUUGCUGGACAUCACAGAUCACACCUCCAACCACUCUCCCUCCAUCCCUCCCGCCAUCCCCGCAGUCAUUAUAACUGACCAUGGUCUGGAAAGCCAGACUCAAACUUCUGAAGACCAGGGACGAUGCUCCACACCUAGCCCCAGCUCUAGCCCCGUGCCUGAGCCGAACUCCUCCAUCCGCUCCCUCAGGAAGCUGUCGUCCUCUUCCGCCUCAUCGGCCGGUUUCUCCUCGUCUUGGGAAGAGUCGGAGGAGGAUGUUUCCAGUGAUACGGAGAAAGGAGAGCAGCUUCUCAACCCUGCACUUCUCACCUCCAAACAGAGAGCACACAAGUCCUGGAAGAAGAUAAAGAACAUGGUCCACUGGUCGCCGUUUGUCAUGUCCUUCAAGAAGAAAUAUCCCUGGAUACAACUGGCCGGGCACGCAGGGAGCUUCAAGGCAGGAGCAAACGGCCGUAUAUUAAAAAAACACUGUGAUUGUGAGCAGCGCUGCUUGUCCCUCCUGAUGAGGGACGUGCUGCGCCCGUACGUUCCCGGUUACCAUGGAGACGUAGAGAAGGACGGCCAGAAGUACAACCAGAUGGAGGAUCUGCUGGCCGAGUUCGACUUCCCGUGUGUGAUGGACUGUAAGAUGGGAGUGAGGACCUACCUCGAGGAAGAGCUGACCAAGGCUCGCAAGAAGCCCUCCCCGAGACCGGACAUGUAUCAGAAAAUGGUCGAGGUCGACCCUGAGGCGCCUACGCCCGAGGAGAAAGAGCAGAAGGUGGUGACCAAACCCAGAUACAUGCAGUGGAGGGAGACCAUAAGCUCAACGGCCACCCUGGGAUUCAGGAUAGAGGGAGUCAAGAAGGAAGAUGGGACGGUGAACAGGGAUUUUAAGAAAACAAAGACGAGAGAGCAAGUUACAGCAGCCUUCCAUGACUUCGUCAAAGGAAACAAGGACACACUGAGCGCUUAUUUAUCCAGACUGGAGGAAAUCCGAGACACUCUGGAGACCUCCCCUUUCUUCAAAACCCACGAGGUGAUUGGCAGCUCCUUGUUAUUCGUCCACGACAGUAAGGGACGAGCCAAAGUCUGGAUGAUCGACUUUGGGAAGACCACGCCUCUUCCUGAAGGGCAGGAACUAACCCACCGGGCGUCGUGGGUUGAGGGCAACAGAGAAGACGGUUACCUUUCAGGACUCGAUAGUUUGGUGGACAUCAUUUCAUCCAUGGUGAACUCUGAGACUUGAAGAAGUCUGAGAGUCCUUUUUUAAAACCCAAGUGAACAUUCAGA